AUCAAGUUUAAUCCAACCCGUUGCUUAUAGAGGGGUAAAUUAGUAAAUUGGAUGGGUUGUUCCAACCCGGAAGAAGCCCUGAAAAAGCGUCUGGGUGCAAAUCGUUUUGUCAAUCGGAAGGAAAUCGGUAGAUGGAGAGAGGAGAGAGAACAAUGAAAGUAUAUGCGAUUUUGGGGCUUCUUCUCUUUUCUGCUUUCGUCGGCGAUGUAUCGGCUCUUUCAGUCACCGUGAACGACGUCGAAUGUGUAUACGAGUAUGUACUUUACGAAGGCGAUACCGUUUCAGGCAACUUUGUUGUUGUCGAUCAUGAUAUAUUCUGGAGCUCCGAUCACCCCGGCAUCGACUUUAUCGUGUCAUCUCCCGGAGGAAAUGUAGUACAAACCAUGAAAGGAACAUCUGGAGAAAAAUUUGAGUUCAAAGCUCCAAGAAGUGGAAUGUAUCAAUUCUGUUUCCAUAAUCCUUACUCAACUCCAGAAACUGUCUCUUUCUACAUACAUGUUGGUCAUAUUCCCAAUGAGCAUGACCUAGCAAAAGAUGAGCAUUUGGACCCUGUGAAUGUGAAAAUUGCUGAAUUGAGGGAGGCAUUGGAAUCUGUUACAGCUGAACAAAAAUACUUGAAAGCUCGUGAUGCUCGACAUCGCCAUACAAAUGAGAGCACGCAUAAAAGGGUGAUCUUUUACACAAUUGGAGAAUACAUUUUGUUGGCACUUGCAAGUGGACUCCAAGUGGUUUACAUACGUCGCCUGUUUAGCAAGUCGGUUGCAUACAACCGGGUUUGAGCUUUGAAUCAAUCAAUUGUAUCUUAUCUUUCUUCUUAUAUUUAUUGUUAUAGAUUAGAACUCGGGAACAUUUAUGUUAUCUAUCGUGUUUAGAGCUUUUCGAUGUUUUACCUUUUUACUUACCUUCAAUUAAAUUAAUGCAAUCUUGCAAUUUUCAACUUGAUGUUUUCUUUGCUUUCAUAUGGUUGGUUUAUUCUUCAAGGCUGUGGGGGAUUUUGGUGGAGAUUUGGAGUUCGGGUUUCCUUUUUUCUCAGUAACUUGUAUUAUUGUGUAUAUGGUUAAAGUGGUUAAUGGGUAAUGACGUGUGUUUGGACAAAGAGUUGUAAACAUAAAGUUGAUUUUUUUAGUUCCAAAAAAUAGG